AUGGGUUCAAAGCAGGAUCCAGCCUCUGCUCUACACUCAUCCCUCAACGAAGCAGGCAUUCACAACCUAAUCAGUUCAUCCCCAGCAUGGUCCGAAAACACAACCCAAUAUCAAAAACGCCUCAAACCAGAUCCCGCAUGCAUAGCCUUCCCCGAAGACAAAAACCAACUAUCAAAAUGUCUCAAAUGCGCUCGUGCAAACUCUGUCAAAGUAUCAGCCCUAGGACCAGGCCACUCCUUCCAAGGUCUUGGUUUCGGCACCCCAGGGAAUUUGGUUAUUAACAUGGAAGCUUUCAACUCUAUGCACUAUGAUGAAGAUACGGAACUACUUACGUACGGUGGCGGAACGCGUGUGGGACCUGUGGCGAAAUAUCUCUGGGAUACGGCCGGACGACAUUUUCCUCAUGUGAGAGGCUCGAAUGUUGGAGUUACAGGGUCGAGUAUUGGUUGUGGGUUUGGGACUACGUCGAGGUUUUUGGGGACGCCUAUGGAUAAUAUUGUUGCUGUUGAGUUUAUGUUAUAUGAUGGGAGUGUUGUUGUGGCGGAAGAGGGAUCGGAUUUGUUGUGGGUGGCGAAGGGAGCUGCGGCUUCUUUUGGAAUCAUUUUGUCUGUUACUACGAAGACCUACAAACCAAAGUUUGACCAAGCCGUCACAUUUAACAUCUCUCUUGGUGAUGUUGACGUGGACAAGGCGGCGGAGGCUUUUAUCGCAGUUCAAAACUAUGGCACCAGUGACAAGUGCCCGGAUGAACUAGCUAUCCGAUGGAGUCUUGUCAAUUGGAACAUCAGAGGAUACUUCUAUGGCGAUCCUUCAAAUUUCGACGACACCAUAAAACCAUUAUUGGAAAGUCUCGAAGAGGUCAGCUCCGAGACAAAGCUGGAGAAGAAAGAGUUCGACUUCUGGGAAAUGGAAGUCUACAUCUCAGGCGAAGGAAUGAACCGUUCCGACGGCGGCGAUCUCAACCCCCUCUGCUUCUACCUCCAAUCCAUCGUCGUAACCAACGACCACCCUCUAACAACCUCCCAAGCCCGCCUUUUACUGAACGACACAACCGUCGCCUUCAACAGAACCGAUAUGACACCAAUGGGCUACAUCGACCUCUGGGGCGGCGUAAACCGCACUAUCUCAGACACUGAUACAGCGCAUCCACACGCGAAAAAUCUCUGGUUGAUAAGAUGGGAUGCAAAUUCUAUCGUUAAAGAGAUCUUCCCGCCUGAUGGGGUGAAGUAUUUGAGAGGCCAGAUGAUACCGUUUGAGAAACAGUUGAAAGAGGAUGGGGUGGCCUUGAGGGGGUUUGUUAAUUAUGCUGAUACAGAGUGGACGAGGGAGGAGAUGGCGGAAAGGCUUUAUGGGGAGAAUUGGGAGAGGUUGGUACGGAUCAAGGAAGAGGUUGAUCCGGAGGGUUUGUUUAGUAGUAACUCUCAGUCAGUUAUCGUGGGUGAUAAGUAG